AUGUCCUUCUACAGCGCCUUUCCGACCAGCCCGCUGAGCCGCUCGGCGCUCGAGGCAGACUCGAGCUCCGAGCGUACCUCUGCAUCCAAGACUUUUGGGCCAAGAAGGUCGCCAGCACAGUCCACGUCGGCCAUGCCGAUCGAUCCUUCUCGUCAGGAUGUGCCGAGCAUGCGCAAGUUUGCGAGUCGCGUCCCUCUGGCAGAUGCGAUGCCCACCUCGCUGGGUCUUGGCCAUCCCGUCGUGUCGCCCAGCUCCUCCUCUCGCCACGUCAGCGGACCCGCGCGUCUGAUGCGCAGCCCCAACGCAUCCGCAUGGUCUCCAAGCCUCGCUACUCCCUUUGACGAGCUCGCCGUCUCGCCGCCUUUCGCGUCGUCUAGCUUUUCUCGCUCCAUCAACACGCGUCGGCGCUCGUCCGGAUACAGCUUUUCGGCCGCGUCCGGUCUGACACCCAACUUUGGCAGCCUCGUCGGCUCGUUCCAGGAGUCGCUGCUGAGCGGCCGCAUGUCGAUGCCCGCUUCGAAGCCGCUCGUGUUUGAUGCCGAGAUCGGCGUGCUGGGCGCUGGCAAGUGUCGUCCGUCGCUGCGCUGUCCGCCGCAUCUGCACAUCAAGUUCGCCGCCCACUUUUACGAUUUCCACGCCAUGGACGCUCGCGCCAGCGCUGCCACGCCCGGCUCCACCGCCGCGCUCGGCAGUCCCUACGUGGGCACCGUCGACCUCGAGUCGCACUACACCAGCCAACUCCUCUCCAGACGCUUCUCAUCCCCGUCCACUCUUGCUGAGCCUGGCGAGAUGCCGUCGUUUCCUGGCUAUGCUGUGCCGCCCAAGGGCCAGAUUCAGCUCAUCGUCAAGUACCCCGACCUGGCGGCGGUCAAGCUCUUCCUCGUGCCUUAUGAUCUGACCGACAUGCAACCGGGCACCAAGACCUUUGUUCGGCAGAAGACCGUCGUUCGUCCAGCAGCCGAGUCUGCCCAGGAUGACGCGCGGCUCGGCACAUCCGAAGGCUCACAUAGCCAGGCGCGCACGUCGCCCAAGGAAGCUCUGCGCUUUGCCAUCCACCUCCAGUUCUGCUGUCCGCCAGUCAAGCCGCGACGACACGACAGCCUCGCCGGAUUCGAGGGCUCCGACACGCGGCGCUUCCGAUCGCGCGCCGAUGCAGCCGCCAAACAGCCCAGAGCUCCGCGCAUCUUCUUGCACAAGUCCAUCCGACUCGUCUUUGGCGCUCGUGCGCUCGAUGCGGGCGAGAAGCUCGUGGAUUGCAUCGAGACGCCCGGCACAGGUAGCCUGCGCUUCUCGGCGUAUCAGGGGCCGGACGAGGAGUGGGUGCAGCUGCAAGAAGAGAUGAAAGCGCUUCACAGCUCGGAUGUGCCUGUGCCCGAGGCAUCGACUGGUACCGAGUCGGUGCGGAUGGGACUGGGCAUCGCCAUCCAAGCUCCUUCUGCGGGUCACGCCAGGGACGAGGGCGACGAAUUGUCGAACCUCGUCCCGCUCAACUCGGAUCCCAACGGCGAACGCUGGCAGGCGAGCGUUUCAUCGAGCAUCGGUGCGGCCGCACCGCAGGAUGUUGCAGGUGCGAUUCCAGCGUCGCUUCGAAGCACAUGGACUGUGAGCAGUCAGGAGAGCAGCCUUGGAAGAGUCGCUCCAGCCUGGCCUGCGCCUCAGCACGAGCAGCGUGGCGUGGGCCAGCUCGCUCACACUCUGGCGUCGAGUCAUCUAUCCGACUCGUGGGCCGAUCCAAAACCACAUCGGACGAUCCGAACCAGAGCUGCGGUCGAUUCGGACGCACCGGCCAGUGCCUCUUCGACGGCCGCGUCUCGACGUCCGUCGCGCAUGCGCUCUGCCUCGGCAGCCGGACUGUCGGAGCCGCGCGUCCACAGCGUAUCAGCACUGGCUGAGCUGCAGGAACCAGCGAUACCACCAUCGCAAACACCAAUCGCACCUGAUCCAGCACAUCCGAUGCUGGCGUGGAAGGCGCCCGGUAUAGCCAGCAGAAGUGGCGACCGCCCUAGCCUGCUGCGCAAGCUCUCGGAGCAGUUUGCAAGGAGUCAUUCGCCGUCGCCCGCCAACAGCCCCCGACUCACACCCACUCGUCGCCACGAGCACGACGGGUUGCACAUCGACGAGGGUGCGGCGAUGGAUGACUCGCAUUCCCGCUCCAUCCGCUAA